AUGACGAUGGAGCUCAUUGAAGAAGCUUCGCUGGGCAAUUUCUCCUAUGACGCUGAGCGUGGAGAAGAAAGUCCUGUCACCAGGGCCUUGGGCACAGUCCUCCUCCUCAUGUGUCUCUUUGGGACGAUGGGCAAUAUCUAUACGCUGGUGGUAGCAUUUGGUGGCAUGUCUGUUCGCUCGGCGGGUUCUUUGCGCAUCUACGUGGUCAACCUGGCCUUAGCUGAUCUGCUCUACCUUUCCACCAUCCCCUUUGUGGUGUGCACAUAUUUCGCCCAGGACUGGUUCUUUGGGGACGUGGGCUGCCGGUUUCUGCUCAGCUUGGACCUGCUGACAAUGCACGCCAGCAUAUUCCUGCUGACGGCCAUGAGCGUGGAGCGUUAUUGGGCCGUGACCAGACCGCUAAGGGCCAGGCAGGCUGGGAACAGCUACCGCAGGCUUGCUUGCGUUGCCGUGUGGCUCGUCUCGUCUUUGCUUACGGUGCCCAUGAUGGUCAUGAUCCAGCAGCGGGAGGGCAGGAGCGGAAAGCUCAUCUGCUUCCCCACGUGGACGCCUGGCGCUUUCCAAGUGUACCUCACGGUUUUGUUUGGCACGAGCAUCCUUGGGCCUGGUUUGGUCCUGGGGGUCGUGUACUCCCGGCUUGUGCAGGCCUAUUGGGCUUCCACAAAAGUCAUGUGGUCGCCUGUGGCGAGCAGGGCCCUGAAGCAGAAGCUGUUUCCCAGGAUCUUCAGCAUCAUCGUCGCCUACUGGGCCUGUUUCGUACCAUUCUGGGCCUGGCAACUCACCAAGCUGUACUGGCCAGAGGACUUGGAGAUUGGGCCGACCGCCCAGGCUUACCUCAACUUUGGCGUUACCUGCUUGACCUAUGGCAACAGCUGCGUCAACCCUUUCCUGUAUACCUUGCUCACCAGGAAUUACCGCGAGUACAUGGCUGCUCAGGGCGGAGAAAGGCCACGUAGGAGGCAUGCUUUCUUCAAGAAGAAAACGCAUGAAAUGCCCCAAGCAGAACAUGUGUCUGUGGCAGAGGGAGGAGGGCUUGGAUAA